CCGGGCCCGCGGCGGGAGCCGGGCGGCGGCCGGAGGAGAUGGACAAACUGACCGUCAUCUCAGGAUGCCUCUUCCUGGCCGCGGACAUCUUCGCCAUCGCCAGCCUGGCCAACCCCGACUGGAUCAACACCGGCGAGUCUGCGGGUGCUCUCACAGUUGGCCUUGUGCGACAGUGUCAAACCAUCCAUGGACGUGACAGGACCUGUAUUCCUCCACGGCUGCCUCCUGAGUGGGUCACUACGUUAUUUUUCAUCAUAAUGGGAAUCAUUUCACUAACUGUCACAUGUGGUUUGCUGGUGGCUUCCCACUGGCGAAGAGAAGCUACUAAAUAUGCCCGCUGGAUAGCUUUCACUGGAAUGAUUCUAUUCUGUAUGGCAGCCCUAAUAUUUCCAAUAGGAUUUUACAUCAAUGAAGUCGGAGGUCAACCAUAUAAAUUACCCAAUAACACAGUGGUUGGGUCUUCGUAUGUACUGUUUGUCUUAUCCAUUUUCUUUACAAUAGUUGGACUUCUAUUUGCUGGCAAAGUUUGUUUACCUGGCUGAUGAAUGUUGAACUGCGGGACUUUGUUUUGGAAAAGAGCAAGACAUCAGAAUUGCAUUCUCAGGAGGAUGCCUAGAUGUGACUAUCAAACACUCACUGAAAAGAGGAAUGCUUUGACUUUUUUUCACUAUGCACUUUGGAUUAAUAAAAAGGAGAGCCUUUCCCAUAACCAAAUACAGAUAAUGCUGACUAAUCUCCUGAGCAUAUGUAAUGCAGUCAGGUCUGCACUGUGAUAGGAACUAGUGAAGAAUGCUUUACACUGAGAAGCAUAAUUCCCCAUGUUACUGUACUGUUCUAGUUUUUAACGUCUAAUGAUUUGGAAGUCAAAGUAUUUAUGAACUUUGUGGUAGACCAGAGGGUUGCAGAGAAAUGCAAGCGAGGCUGGCCUCGCUGUGUAGGAGAUUAGUAUUUUACAUCCUCUGUCUCAUGAGCAAAGCCUUUGGCACCAGUAUGGAUCAGUCUUUCGUUGCUGCACCAAGAAGCCAAUAGAGCAAACGUUCUCCAAAAUGUACGUACCAUCCAGAAGACAUACAUCCCCUCCUCCCCCAUAAGCUGUAGAAAAACACUAAAGAACAUUUUAGAGGGGGAUUUCUUCCUUAUAUUUAUAUAAAUAUAUAUAUAAAUAUAUAUAUAUUUUGCUGAUGCAGUAUACAGUGUGUGUGUAUGUGUGCGUGUGUAUAUACACAUAUAUGUAUAUAUUUGUAUAUACACACAAAUGGUUCCUGGAAGAGAACUCAGAACGCUUUGCUAGCAAAACACUGUGGUGUGCAAAACUAGAACUCAAUAUAAAAAAAAGCCAUUUCUCUGAAGGCCACAUAGCUGAGAGUCUUCAGUUUACCUCAUUCUUUGUAGCAGCCCUUGAUUUUAACAGUUUUUGUAUUAGGUACAAACGAUCCCAUGCCUUUUUAGGUGCAAUUUUAAGUUAAGCUAAAAUUCUUUUUAUGGUAAUUUAUUUGUAUAUGAGGGUGGAAGGUGAGAUCAUGUCAUACCUUAAAGUUAAAAUUCUAAUUUUGGGAAACUGACACUAUUUAAAUUAUUAGCAACUGUUGUACAGAGAGUCUCUUUUUCUACUGCAUUGUUAUAUUAACAGUCAUUUGUGUUCAAACAUAACUGUUUACUAUAGAUGAGCAUUUCUCUAGCACAGGUAAAAUGUAAUGUUUAAAGUAAUGCAAACACUAUUUCACUGCAAAGACAGAUGGAUUUAUUCACCUUUACAAAAAGAAAAAAGAGAAACAAAAAAAAAAGCAAUAUCACUGUAUAAACAGCAUAUGCCUCAUUCACUAAAGUGAUUAUAAAUGCAGAUUUAAAGGCCAACCAGAUUUAAAGUAAAUGUUCCUCACAAAAAAGCAGUUUUACUUUUCAACACAGGAAAAAAUCUUUGGCUCCGUAGGUGUUAUCAUUCUUUACUACUCAGUCUACCUAGCAGAAAGUAACAUUUCUGUUACUGUCCCAGGAAGGCUGCCUGCACUCUCAGUAUCUGCUUUCCAGUUAAUCCAUGAUUUACCAAAAUAAUCACUUAUCAGGUAAGCGUAAGGGUUUGAAAUGAGAUGUUCUGUUCAAUUCUUUUAAACUGUGUACCAGUUGGUUCCUGCAGGAUUCCUGUUCUAGCACUUCUCCCUGAUUCUGCUGAAUUGAACAGUUGAUAGUUCAUAUUUUAAUGUUCUUGAACAAACCUGUCAUUCUAACAGUCUGUGAGUGACUUUUUUUUCCCUUACAAGUGGAAGUGUUCAUAGAAUACUAAAUUUUACUGCAGUAGUCUAACCUGUAAAUACAGUCAGGCCCCAGCUAUUUGUAAAUGAUUUGGUUCCUAACUUAAGCCUUUAUCAGUAUGAAUGUUCUAAGUCCUUCCAGUGGAUAUUGGAGGAAAGAUCAUAGAAUUAUUGAAUAUAUAUAUUAAUGAAGAUAAAUUAUGGAGAUAGAUAUAUUAACAAAAAAUAAAAUGUCAGGUUAAGCUGCUGGAUAUGUCUAAAUUUUCAGCAUUACUGUGUGUUUAACCAAAGCUGAAGUAUUUGCUCAAACUUAGACUGAAAUUGUGACAAAGGAAAGCUCUUCUGUUUUCAGAAAUAUCACUUUUGUAAAUAGUUCUAGGUUCUUGUAACUGGAACAUAGAGGGUGGAAGAGUUUCUUGGCUGCCAAGAUGCCACCCUUCGCCUCCUUAUUUCAGGUAUAGUAACAUUGUGUAUGCAGUGGAUUUUGGCUUCAGUUAAAUGGAUCAUCCCAUAAUUAAAAAAUACAAAUAUUGUUCUUUAAGCAUAGCCAGACUGUGGCAGGCUGGCUGGGAAUUGAUCUGAUCUGGCAAUGCUGUUGCUAUGAGUUAUUAAAUAACAGAUGUACCCAGCCAGCUGUUUUUAUUCAUAAUUGGAGCAUUUCAAGUCCAGAAAUAGAUACAGCCAUCUGCAUUAAAAGUAAAAUGAUUCCAUCAGUAAAUGAAGAGACAGCUGUCAACAGUUGCUUUUAAUGUCACUAAGUACUAUAUAGUACAGUAUUAAUUUAUAGCAGAAAAUCAUAUCUUGUAAACUGUAUAUAAAACACUGUUUUAUGGUGCAAUCAUUUGUCAAACUUCUGUCUGUUACUUUUGUUUGAAAGAUGUGUACAUUAUUCUUCAAUACCUAAGAGCAUCACUGUAAAAUCUGCUGAAUAUUAUUUAUAGGUUCUAUUUGCACAAGGUUUAAACUACAGAAAGUUCGUAUUGAACAUGCCUAGACAUCUGUAGACUUUUUCAGUUCAUGAAAAGGAAAAGUUCCCAUGCAAGUCUUCUCCAAAGGUAAUCCCAUAUUUAUGUUGAGUGUUUACAUAAACUUUUCUAUUUCUGCCAUUGGUUUUUUGAAGGACAUUUUGUGCAUCACUAGAAAUUCUUCAGUCUCCUGCUUCCAAAUUCUCCAGGGGGUUAUUGCUAUGUGCACGUUGUUUAUUCGGCUUACAAAGCGUGAGAUCAGAAGCUUGAAAUACCUUCAGAAUGAAAACUGUUGGAUGUGUUGGUGUAAAUCUUACGGUUGAGACACGAUCCCCUCAGAGCCAUUUGUCCCAGGGGUGAGCAGAACGUGCUUCCUUGAGUGCACAGCCCGCCACAUUCAGCCUCACGGUGCUUUGCUGGCAGGGACACCCGUUGUACCAGAGCUGGGCAGGGCUGUGCUCCUGAGCCCGACCCUCUGGCCAUGCCAGCUGGGCCCUGCGUUUAAUGCCUGUGUUUCAGAGCUGUUACUUAACCACUUCAGAACACACCUGUAGAUAAUAAAAUUGUCCUUUAAAAACUGUGUGAAGGAUGAAAAUAAUGAAGGAAGCGGUGUCUGCCAGCGGCUCUGCGGCCCGGGCAUCCCGUCGCUCCCUGCCCCAGGCCUGGCUGCCUGCGUCCGUCCGCCCGCCUUUACCGAGGAGUGUUUUCUAAGUGCUUACAACAUUUCUUUUUUUAUUUUUUUUUAAUCGAUGAUUUCUGAACAAAUGUUAAUACAAACUGUAUAAAAAUGAACAUAA